AUGUCGGCGUCUCUGCGCACGACGGCCUCGGCCGCCUUGAGAGCCAAGCCGACCACCGCCCUCCUCCCCUUCCGAACCGCCACCGCCGCCCUCUCCUCCUCAUCACGGAAGCCCUACGCCGGCCACGCCGCCGUCGUCGGCGGCUCCAACGACCACACGGGCCUCGCCCGCCGCGAGCGCAAGGAGGUGCCCCUCGCCAGCCAGGAGCCCACCAAGGGCGUCGUCCAGUACGCCCUGACGACGCUCGACAUCAUGGCCAACUGGGCCCGCCAGUCGUCGCUCUGGCCCAUGACCUUCGGCCUCGCCUGCUGCGCCGUCGAGAUGAUGCACCUGUCCACCCCGCGCUACGACCAGGACCGCCUCGGCAUCAUCUUCCGCGCCUCGCCGCGGCAGUCGGACGUCAUGAUCGUCGCCGGCACCCUGACCAACAAGAUGGCCCCCGCCCUGCGCCAGGUCUACGACCAGAUGCCCGAGCCGCGCUGGGUCAUCUCGAUGGGCUCGUGCGCCAACGGCGGCGGCUACUACCACUACAGCUACAGCGUCGUCCGCGGCUGCGACCGCAUCGUCCCCGUCGACGUCUACGUCCCCGGCUGCCCGCCCACCAGCGAGGCCCUCAUGUACGGCAUCUUCCAGCUGCAGCGCAAGAUGCGGAAUACCAAGAUCACGAGGAUGUGGUACCGCAAGUAG